AUGGACCACUGCGACCGACUACAGACCGUCGUGCGGACCGGACCUAUUCCAAACGAACUCUCACUUUUCCCUCUCCUCCUCCCUGCUCGCCUCUUCUCUUUGUCCUACACGUCUGCCUUUUCCUUGGUCUCCUUUUGUUCUUUCCUUCAUUGCUUCUUUCUUUCUUUGUUUCCUUGCUUGCUUUCUUGCUUUCUUGCUUUCUUGCUUUCUUGCUUUCUUUCUUCACUCUUUUCCCUAUUUUCCUAUUUUCCUAUUUUCCUAUUCUCUUCUCGAAUUGCCCAUCAGCCCGUCUGCCCCAACAUGAAUCCGCCACGAGGCGAGUCAGGCCUCGACUUUACCGAGCUGGUCGCCAGAGUCUCGGAUGACCCCAAGCACCCGCUGUUCGUGGCGACGGAUCGAGUC